AUGGUCUGUCGCCUAGGGUACCUUUGUCGCCGGCGAUUUUGCCCCCGGCCCUUCUUGGUGGGCUUGGUGGUAGCGAUCUGCCUCUUCUACCAGACCCUGACGCUCAGAGGGACAAGGAAGCUCACAGCUGCCCCAAACACACCCACGGAAACCCAGGCAAGCAGAUGCAAGAAAGGAUUCUCCCCAGACAAACAGUGCUUCCUACCCUCUGGUAAUGCCCAGACAAUCAGGAAGAUCGAAGAAUCAAUCGCCACACACUUUGGCAGCCACGGCAGAAGGGCCAUGCUCUACAGACCUCCUUCCUCCAGCAAAACAGAAGUUCAACUCCUCCAGCACAUUCUCACUCAACACGGUUACACUGUUGUCGUUGUUGAACAAAUGCAGGAUGCUGUUCUUGGGCUGGGGCUCUUAGAACAAGGAGGUUUGGGCUCGUGGGAUCUGCUCAUUUGCCUGUCUUCGCGGAAGGCUGAUGGAAAGCCCUGUAUAUCCAAGGAAGACCUGUGUUUGUUAAGUUUACAUCAAAAGGUAAACGUAUUACCAGAAAUACAGCAUCAGCUUUGCAGAAAGGAAGGAUUAUGCCAAAUGAUUAGAAGAUAUCCAGAAUUACGACUUCCUGUCAGCCCCUCUGUGUGUGUGGAUCAGCAUACAGAAGUAAAACCGAGCACUUCACAUCACCUUUUACAAACAGUGAAGCCACCUAUGUGGAAAUCAUGGGUUUGGAGACACGAACAACUGAACCAAACAACAGUUCUUGCUGCCCAUGAGACCAUCUUUAGAGCUGAAGAUCUAACUGUGAUUCUUAAGGCAUAUGUGUUGGUGACGUCCUUGUCCCCUUUGCGUGCAUUCAUUCAUUCAACUGGCACCGUCUGGAGUCCACCAAAGAAAAAGCGCUUCACUGUCAAGCUGCAAACAUUUUUUGAGACAUUCCUGAGGGCCAGUUCACCUCUUCAGGCUUUUGACAGUAUGAAGGAAUCAAUAAGUAAACUCCUGGUAGUUGCUGAAGUAUUCAGUGGAACAUCUACUUUGGGACCAAAGGCCUUCAAUAGAUGCAGAUUAUGUUUUCAACUGUUAACUUUUGAUAUUGGUUAUGGCAGUUUCAGACACCCUGUAGUUCUUCAAGUGCAUGAGCAUUUAAAUUUUCAAAAUGCUGAUAAUGUGGACUUUGAGGACCAAAAUACAGAAGAAUUCCUUUUAAGAGAUACUUUCAAUUUUCUCCUCUCUAACGAAUCUUCAUUUCCUAUAUUUUAUGAGAUAUUUCAGAGAUUUUACAGAUUGGGUGUAUUUAAAGGUGAAAACUAUCCAAAGGAGCUAAACCAAUGCCUGUCUUUAGAGGAUAUUAACUCAAUUAUGACUUUUAUAAAGGAACUUGGGAGUCUGGGACAAUUCCAACUGCUCUUCCCAUCUACCGCUCCUGGGAUUCAAUCUUUGAUGCAUGACUUUUAUUAUAUGGAAAAUCCUAUGGGGAAACCUGGCUCAGUUCUGACCCGAUACUGGUCUCUUUUAAAUGUAUUUGAACAAUUUCAGCUCAUGAAAAAAAAGGCACAGCUACGUCCCCUGGAAUGGAAUUCUUUCACAGAGAACGAGAACAUUGGAAAACCGCAAGUGCCAUUAGAUGCAAUUGAAAAUAAAAAAGGUAAAAUACCACAAGUUAUGAAUGAGACCAAAGACAUACACUGCAAUGAUGAUAAACAUGCAUUAUGUCAUAUCAAGCAGAUCUCCAUACAUCCACAUUUGGAACUAAGUCCUGAAUUUAACCCAAAGAUCAAAGACUAUUACUCUGAAGUCCCAUUUGAUGUGGUAACAGUGACAAUUGGAGCAGAGACUUCCAAGUGUCAGUGCAGGGUGCACCUGUAUGAACGGGCUGGGCCAAGCUUUGCCAACUACCCUCUGGGAUUAGGAAUGAACACAAUCUCAAUGCUUGUGGUGGAUGAAUCUCCAGCCCAGGGUGAAAGUCUGAUUGUUUACCGAUUCACCAUCUACAGAGAGGACCGCCCAAGUCUGCCCUUGUUCGAGGACUUCACAGCUUGUGGUUUUGUGCAGGAUUGUGGAUUGCUGAUUCACCCGGAGGAGGCCUGUGGAUUACAACCUAUUUCUUCUGACUACAUUGAAGCCAUUUCACAGCCUGAACUAAAGAUUUGUCCAUCAGGAGACACAAAAGGGCAGUGGAUUGUGCCUUGUCUUAGUUGUUCAGACAACAGGACCUGUGACUGGAGAGAAAUCACUUGGCAACCCCACAACUGCCAUUACAGCAUCCUGACGAAGCCUCGGCUUCAGCAGUGCCUAGGAGGAAGGAAGAUUCUUUUCAUUGGAGACUCGACUAACAGAGGGUUAAUGUAUUAUCUGAUUGAAAGACUGAAUGAAACCCUGCAGGGAUGGCAAAAGGUGCACGGCACUAAAUUCUAUCACGACGUCAACGGUGGAAAGACUUUAAUCAGUUACUCCUACUAUCCCCAGUUCUGGAUAAGCCCUUCCUUGAGACCAACAUUUGAAAAAGCACUUGAACAUCUCUUGCAAAGAUCACGUCCCCUAGAGAAUACCGGUCAGACUGUAUUAGUUGUUGGUGGUGUUCAGUGGCUUAAUUCUAACCACCUGCAAAUUAUUCACAAGGUUUUGAAAAGGGAAAACUUACCCAAUAUUCUGGUGAUCAUCAAAACUUUGGGAAUUGGAUUUCAUCUGCCAGUGGCUGGAGUGCAUUUUUUAACUCAGAGAGAAGUACAGAAUUUAUGGAAAGAAAAUUUGAUUAUUCUGGAUGCUGCAAAAAAAUAUGGCUAUGAAGUGGUUGAUACAUUCACUAUAACAAUGGGAAGGUACAAAGAGUUCCUGCCGGGGAAAUGCGGAUGUCAUUUCCAUGAGGUAGUGAAGUCAAAGCUAGCCGAAGAACACCACUUUAUUAAAAUGAAACAAUCAAGGAAUCAUAUUGUGGGAAAGUAUUUCAGCAAUCUAAACAAACUUCAGCAAGAUUCUGUAACCAGGAUUCAAUCUCCGUAUCAUGUCCGAGGUCCAAUUAAUCAGGUUUGUUCUGAGAUCCUUCUCAGCCGGAUGUGUGCAAGUAAGUGGACGGCGCAAGAUCACAUGUAA